CCGAAUGCGACCAUAGAGCGUCUUCUCUGUGUUUGGGGGUUGUAGUUUUUAUCCUAUAAUCUCUAGCUUCAGAUAUGUGCUUCAACCAGCUAUGAAGAACAGCAGUUCCCAUAAUACAACAAACACACUGUGAUGCCUGUGUUUUUGUUAUUGUUGUAGGAACAGCUGAGAGCAAGGAGACAUCGUUGUGCAUCUUUAAAAAAAACCGUUAAAUCGUUUUCUGACACCGAUGGACUUUGUCUCUCUUUAAUCUAAUAGGGACGGCUCAAUUGGACAAUCUGCAGAGCAAACAGGCCAGAAUAAGGUGAGUCUCAGUCAAAUAAACUCUGGCGAUCUGUAUCUGCGUAGAGUUCUCCCUCUGCAGAAACUAACACAAAGGAAAACGAGCUAAUUGUCCUAUUUAGUGACGCACAAGUAUUUGUUGAUGGUGCACACGUUUUCUUUAAAACAUUACACUACGGUGAGAUCGGUUAACGGUCCCGAUGGUCCUGAUUAUUGGCUUUUGAGCAACAAGGGAGUCUGGAUCGCACACACCAUGGGUUUCUUUUUCCUCUGGACAACGUGUCCUAGUCUAUUAUUGCGCACACUGGAGACUACAGCUGCUAGGCUAGUGGGCCUUGUCUUGACACGAAUCUCGUGCGGUGUAAUUUGAACACUCUUUGAAAUUUAGAGGUAUUUUAGUUAUAUAAUAGAAUAAAUCGUUUAUUAUCACAGAUUGUAUUGUUUGUGGGCUUUUGCUAAUUUCUAACAAAAUAAAUAGAACACAAACAUUAAUUAAUGCUCGUGUCAGGUGGACUAACGGCUGCAAGUUGUUUGUUGUGUGCUUGUUAAUGCGUUAUACAUGGUUUAUGAACGUGUUAUUACCUCAUACACGUUCUCAAGAGUUCGCACUAUUUACACUUUUGUAAUCUCUGUAAUAUGGAGCACAUGUUAGCCAGAUAUGUUAGAUAUAAGCCUACUGCUCCAUGCUGUUCUUUAAUACAACGCUCUUAAUUUAGCUAAUUAGAGGUUGCAUUGUAUUACUGGGAUUUAGACUGACACCUGUCGUCAUUUAUCCCUGCCAGUACAAUAGUGAUCGAUAUCAAAUGUAUAUUUUGUUGGCUACUGUGUAUCUGCCUGGAUACUAGUCCCACGUCACUGUUGAUUUUUUAAACAAGAAGUGAACCGUAAGCCUAUAUGUAUGUCGACACGUGACUAGAGUGGUGGACAAAAAAAAAAAAAGGUGUUAGGCAAUGGCUGAAAUAAAUAGUCCCAGUGACUGUGUUGUUGUCAUGUAGUAGAGGUAAUGUAUUAUGGUGGUUAUGGGCCUAACUGUCAUCUAGAUUGUACUAGCCCAGGGGGGUGGGGGUGUCCUUCCCCCAUGCUUUUCCAUGCCCUCCAUAUGGUCACUGAGAGGAGAUCAUCUUUCACUGAACAAACACUCCCAGAGUAGACCUCUCCUUCUCUCAGCAGUUUGUUACUCGGCAGUCACCUCUCACCUACUUCUCCAUAUGCUCCUCUGAACAGGUCCUUGAGUACAUUAGUCAAAUACUUUAAAAUAGUUGAAGUUAUUUGAGGUGUGCUAGAUUUCACUUCAAGUUUGCACUUUUGUGACUACUCUAUUGGGUCUGUUUUACCAAACAACAACAUCAAAGGUAUUUGAAAGUGUUUGAAAACACAGGUCUCAGGUCUGGUGUCUACCUGUGAUUAUUAUAGCUGUUGUCAAAUGAAAUGUCGUUGUAAUACAAAAACGUUGUUCUAUCUCACACCUGUAUCCCCACAGGUACUCACCAGCCUACGUGUGUUAUUGUGUUGCCAUGGAGAAGGCUUGGAGGGUGGAGUUUAGGAACGUGGGUAGUAGCUACUUCCCUCAGAGCCGUGUGGAAUGCCACUACAGUAUCAGCUCCCAACAUACCUGGGCCAGCCAUGACUGGAUCGGACUCUUCAAGGUAUGAAGUUAACCUGAUAACUGAUAAGGUUAACCUGAUAACUGAUAAGGUUAACCUGAUAACUGAUAAGGUUAUCCUGAUAAAUGAGUAAAACCCACCCUGAGGAGUGGUAGACUGUGUUAUGUGGAAAUCAAGUGAAAUGCACAACUGUUUUCAAUGUUACUGUAUAUAUUAAUAACCCGAUUUUUGUGUGUGUUUUUAUGUCAUCCUGUCUCUCUCCCUCUCCCCUUGUUUAACUCUAUCUGUCUCCCAAUCUCUUUCUCCCUCUCUCUCUCUGCUGACUCCGUCAGGUGGGAUGGUCGUCAGUGAAGGACUACCACACCUUUGUCUGGGCCCUGGCCCCGGCAGGCUACCAGGAGGGCACAGAUGUCAACUGCUGUGUUCACUUCCAGGGUACUAGUCUCUCUCUGCGAACCCUUCCUCUAUUUCGUACAAACUGUGCCUGGUCAACAUUCACACUGUUCAGAAAGUAGUGUACACGUGAUCAUCAUUAACUUGCAGGUGCAGGGUCAUCAAAUAUAGAUAUCCACACUCAACAAAAGUGUGAGACCAUUCAACGGUGUGCUGGUAUCCAUCUUUAUUUCACAACAUUAUACUCUGCCAAGGUCUGUAUGGAAACGCUCUAACUUUGGAUUAGUCUUUUGGUCAAUUGAAUUGCCUGUUGAAUAGUACUAUAGGCUCGUGACUGAUAUUUAAAGCAGAGAAAGGACUCAAUAAGUUACAUAGUGUUACAGAGAGGAGAUGAUCAGAUUGUUUCUCUAUCUAUCUAUCCCCCCCUCCCUUCUCUCUCCCUCUCUCUGUUGGAAUUUAAAUCAGUCUUUGUCUGGCUCUGAUUCAAUUCCUUUAAGAAGUAGGAGGUUGAGUAAUGAGGAUGAGAGAGAAUGUUGCAAAGACCAGACCAGACUGAAUAACCAACCAUACAUUACGCUAAGGCAGUCAGGGUUGAAUACAGAGCACAGAGUGAAAAGUGUCCUUUUAACAUUACAGCACAGUAGCUUCCAGACUUUAUACUGUGUAUAAAGUGUCCUCCGUCCUCUCAGUGACGGUGCUAGUUGAGGUGACUACAGAUAGCCACAGAAAGCCAGCCAGAGCAGAGCAGCUGUGUCAUUGAGUUGUGUCAGGGAGAUGAACAGCUAUCAUCAACACUGUAAUUUAUCAUCUGUGGUGAGGACUGAGGAGACAGAGUAAAUGCGGAAGCCAGGCAUCUGAUGUAGUCAAAGCACAUUCAGGAUUAUGCCCACUUGUCACAGUUUUUCACCACAAAAGAGGAGGUUGGUUAUCUAUAGUGCAUGCAGUGGUGGAAAAAGUACACAAUAGUUAUACUUGAGUAAAAGUAAAGAUACCUUAAUAGAAAAUGACUCAAGUAAAAGGGAAAGUCACCCAGUAAGAUACUACUUGAGUAAAAGUAUUAGGUUUUAAAUAUACCUACGUAUCAAAAGUAAAUGUAAUUGCAAAAAUAUAAGUAUAAAUCAUUUCAAAUUGAUUAUUUUAAGCAAACCAGACAGCACAUUUUUCUUGUUUUUUAGAUUUACGGAUAGGCAGGGGCACGCUGCAACACUCAGACAUAAUUUACAAACAAAGCAUUUGUGUUUAGUGAGUCCGCCAGAUCAGAGGCAGUAGGGAUGACCAAGGAUGUUCCCUUGAUUAGUGCGUGAAUUUGACAAUUUUGCUGUCCUGCUAAGCAUUCAAAAUGUAACGAGUACUUUUGGGUGUCAGGGAAAAUGUGUUGAGUAAAAAGUACCUUAUUUUCUUUAGGAAUGUAGUGAAGUAAAAGUUGUAAAAAAGAUAAAAAGUAAAGUAAAGUACAGAUACCCAAAAAAACAACUUAAGUAGUACUUUAAAGUAUUUGUACUUAAGUACUUUACACCACUGUGUAGAUGUCAUCAUAUACAACUGAAAUCAUGGCCACAAAUACAUUUUUAGCAGUAUUAAGCAUGUAUACAUCUAGAUCAAUAAUCCAUUGACCAUUUCACUCUCCCACUCCCUUCCUCCCUCUUGCAGCCUCCUAUCUGCCCAAGUCCAGUUCCCAGCAGUACCAGUUUGUGUACGUGGAUGGGAAGGGAGAUGUGUGCUCUGCCAGCCCCCAGUUUAUCUUCAGCGCCCCCAAGCCUUUGGAGGACCUGGUCACCCUGGAGGAAGGAGCCCACGGAGAGGAGGGGGGGACCGACAUGCUUCUGGUCGUACCCAGGGCCGAGCUACUGCAGGUGGGCAUAGAGGAGUGCAGGUGCGAGAGAGAGAGAGAGUACUGUAGUGGGAAGUCCAUAUCUUCUUUCAGUUAUAGAGAGGGUGAAUGAACGUUGAUGAAAUGGAUAGGCAGAGAUGAGAAUCAAUAGUCAAUUACAAAGAGAUGGAGGAUGGAGAUGGAUCAUCUUUUAGGCACUCAGUUCCUGUUUUGUCUCUCCCUCCAGAGUCGCCUGCAAGAGUGUCUGCGGGAGCGAGCCGAGCUGCUCCAUGCACGGGAGGCAGCCGAGAGGAUGAAGGAGAGAGAGAGGGAGAAGUACAGGAGGGCGAGAGAGGCGUGGGACAGAGGGUGUGAGGAGUUGGAGAGGAACGUCGCUGAGCUGAAGGAAGAGCUGCGAGAAAGCAGAGACAGGAUGGAAGAGAUGGAGAGGAGGCAGGAGGUACAGUAACAUUACAAGACAGGAUUCAUGUCUGUGCCAAGGUGAUUUGAUUAUGUCCAAGUAGCCCCAGUGUCUGGUCAUGAGCACUUAUCUUUGUAAAAUGCGAUUUGACGUAGAAUGACAAGAUCACAACCCCAGAUAUAUGAUCUCCUGCUAUGUUAAAUGUCAAAAUAGGAGCAGUUCAUUUACAGGUCAAAUGUGCUUUAUCAUCUACAAAGGAGUCUCAGGAUACUGUAUAUACACUAUAUAGAAUAUAUAUUCUCUCUCUCUCUCUCUCUCUCUCUCUCUCUCUCUCUCUCUCUCUCUCUCUCUCUCUCUCUCUCUCUCUCUCUCUCUCUCUCUCUCCCCCCCUCCCUCCCUCCCCCAUCACAGGAGGUGGAGGCGUCAGGGGAGGCCUUGGCUCAAGAGAAGAGUUCCAUACUGACUAAGAAAGCAGCCAGUGAACAGCGAAUCAGAGAGCUGGAGGAUGACAUUAAAGCCCUGACACUGAAGGCUUUGGAACGAGAGACUGAGCUGGAGAGGUCAGAGACUUUCUCUAUCUCCCUCGAACUCUCUCUCUUUCUAUCCUUAUCUCCCUCAAUCUCCAUCUUCGUCCAUCGGUGUGCCUGUUUUCCAUACUCUAUUCUCUGGUUAAUGCUAACCCCAUUUCUGUUUGUAGGAUGAAGGAGAGGACCAAGAAGCACGCAGUUCAAAGGAGGGAGGAGGAGAAAGAGAGGAACGUUCUGCAGGUACUAUAAUGACUUGGAUUUAUUUACUGCUUUUCACUACCAACAUGUAGCAUCCUACCUGGGUGAAGCACAGCAGCCAUUUUGUGCCCAAACACUGACCACACAUCAUGUCUGAUCCCAAACCCCUCAUCCUCCUCUUCUUCUAUCCCUGUGUCUUCCUCAGCUCACGCUGGAGCAGACCGAGGGAGACCUGCGGAGUCUGUCUGCUGAGUUCCAGGGUCUGAGGAGCUCCCUGGCCCAGAGAGACACACACGCCCUACAGCUACGGGACACCAUCACCACCCUAACAUACAGGCUGAAUACGGCACAGAGGAAAGAGGUGAGGCUGGCACCACCCACAGAGGGCUGAGGGCAGUUAAGAAAAGGAUGUAGGGGAUUGGGAGGGGAAAGAACAAAAGACAAUGUAACAGGAAAAUGGCAGGAACCACUGCUGUCCCUUGUUCUUACCAGUCAUCUAACAAAAACCAUGCUAUUGAGGUUAUUUUAUGUGACAGGAAAGUACCCAAUGUCCCAUGGCUCACCAGUCGUCUAACAAAACCAUGUUAUUGUUGCUGAACUAUCAUCUCCUCUUGUCUUUCCUAUCAGGCAGAGAGCGAGGCCGCCCUGGCUGAGAUGCGGGGCCUGCGGGAGCGUCUGGGGGCCAGCGAGCGUUGUGCGGAGGGCCUGAAGGGAGAGCUGUGUGCCCUGGUGGCUCAGAGGGACCAGGGUCAGACAGAACUGCACCAGGCCAGGCUCCAGGCGGCACAGCUCACCCUACAGCUAGCUGACGCCAGCCUGGCCCUGAGGGAGGGCAGAGCACACUGGGCCCAGGAGAGACAGAGCCUGCAGUGCAGCACUGAGGUAAUAACAAUAAUCAUCACAUGGAUGGACUUAAUCACAUGAAUUGGAUUACUCAGGUAGUCAAAGCAUUUCACAAUGAUAGUGACUCUCGAUUGAGGUAGGCCAACCUCUACAGAACCCUCACUCACAGCCAUACAGUACUAAUAUACUCCACUCAGAUUUGAACUAGAGAUUGCAUUACUCUGCUGGAAAUGAUGCUUGUGCAAGGUCUCCUCUUUCUGUUCCACUAUGUGAGAUAGCUGCAACACUAGGAAAACCUCACGUCUUCUAGAUACAGAAUUUCUCAGUAUCUCCUGUUGAACUUUGAAUUCAAGUUUCAGAAUGUCCUAGCAGCAAAAGCACAUAUCAACAUUCUGUUGACUAGUGUUAACGGUGUGUGUGUCUCACCCUGGCAGAAGGCCAGAGAGCGUCUGGAGAAGCUAAAUGGAGAGAUGCAGCGGAUGGAGGAGAAGCUUCAGGAGGAGAGGAUGGAGAGAGAGAAGGUGGAAGUGGAGCUGGGAAGAGAGAAGGACUGUAACCGGGUAAAAACUAACACCUACUGUACCACAGACCAUAGGCUACAUGCAAAGCAACAUUUCAAGCUAUUAAUAGAUACAACAUCAACUCUCUACACAAGCUCAUAGCUCGGCUCAGGAUACUACGCUAACACUCCAUGUGUCUUGCUAUACAGUAUUGAAAACCAUUCAGCCUUGUUGGUCCUGUAUGGCUCAGUUGGUAUAGCAUGGCGCUUGCAAUCCCAUGAUUUUGGGUUCAAUUCCCGAGGCCACCCUAACCUAAAAUGUAUAAACACAUGACUGUAUUUAAAAAAAUGUAACUAGGCAAGUCAGUUAAGAACAAAUUCUUAUUUACAAUGACGGCCUACCCUGGGCCAAUUGUGCACCGCCCUAUGGGACUCCCAAUCACGGCCGGAUUGUGAUACAGCCUGGAAAUCAAACCAGGGUCUGUAGUGACGCCUCAAGCACAGAGAUGCAGUGCCUUAGACCGCUGCGCCACUCGGGAGCUCUAUGUCGCUUUGGAUAAAUGGCAUAUAUUUUUGUCAACAUGCUGGGUCAUGUUCACUAGUCUCUUUAAUGGCUUGUGCUGUGCUGCUGGUUAGGCUGUGUAUAUAAGUAUGUGACUCCUUCUUUUGAUGACUGCCCCCUGCAGGUGCAGCUGGGUGAGACAUGCAGGGAGCUCCAGGAGCUGAAGGCCAGUCUGAGGGUGGCCCAGAAGGAGAAGGAACAGCUGCUGCUGGAGCAACAGGCAAGACCCCACCUUUAUACCUCCAUCUCUUCAACCACCAUUCCCACUCUCCCACUCUCCACAUACAGUUGAAGUCAGAAGUUUACAUACACUUAGGGUGGAGUCAUUAAAACUAGUUUUUCAACCACUCCACACAUUUAUUUUUAACACACUAUAGUUUUGGCAAGUCAGUUAGGACAUCUACUUUGUGCAUGACACAAGUAAUUUUUCCAACAAUUAUUUACAGACAGAUUAUUAUAAUUCACUGUAUCACAAUUCCAGUGGGUCAGAAGUUUACAUACACUAAGUUGACUGCCUUUAAACAGCUUGGAAAAUUCCAGAAAAUGAUGUCAUGGCUUUAGAAGCUUCUGAUAGGCUAAUUGACAUCAUUUGAGUCAAUUGGAGGUGUACCUGUGGAUGUAUUUCAAGGCCUACCUUCAAACUCAGUGCCUCUUUGCUUGACAUCAUGGGAAAAUCAAAAGAAAUCAGCAAAUGUGCAAAUCAAUCCCAGAACAACAGCAAUGGACCUUGUGAAGAUGCUGGAGGAAACAGGUACAAAAGUAUCUAUAUCCACAUUAAAACAAGUCCUAUAUCGACAUAACCUGAAAGGCCGCUCAGCAAGGAAGAAGCCACUGCUCCAAAACCGCCAUUAAAAAAAGCCAGACUACGGUUUGCAACUGCAAAUGGGGACAAAGAUCAUACUUUUUAGAGAAAUGUUCUCUGGUCUGAUGAAACAAAAAUAGAACUGUUUGGCCAUAAUGACCAUGGUUAUGUUUGGAGGAAAAAGGGGGUUGCUUGCAAGCCGAAGAACACCAUCCCAAACGUGAAGCACGGCGGUGGCAGCAUCAUGCUUUGGAGGUGCUUUGCUGCAGGAGGGACUGGUGCACGUCACAAAAUAGAUGGCAUCAUGAGGAAGGAAAAUUAUGUGGAUAUAUUGAAGCAACAUCUCAAGACAUCAGUCAGGAAGUUAAAGCUUGGUCGCAAAUGGGUCUUCCAAAUGGACAAUGACCUUAAGGACAACAAAGUCAAGCUAUUGGAGUGGCCAUCACAAAGCCCUGACCUCAAUCCUACAGAAAAUGUGUGUGCAGAACUGAAAAAGCGUGUGUGAGUAAGGAGGCCUACAAACCUGACUCAGUUACACCAGCUCUGUCAGGAGGAAUGGGCCAAAAUUCACCCAACUUAUUGUGGAAGGCUACCCGAAACGUUUGACCGAAGUUAAACAAUUUAAAGGCAAUGCUACCAAAUACUAAUUGAGUGUAUGUAAACUUCUGACCCACUGGGAAUGUGAUGAAAGAAAUAAAAGCUGAAAUAAAUCAUUCUCUCUACUAUUAUUCUGACAUUUCACAUUCUUAAAAUAAAUGGUGAUCCUAACUGACCUAAGACAGGGAAUAUUUACUAGGAUUAAAUGUCAGGAAUUGUGAAAAACUGAAUUUAAAUGUAUUUGGCUAAGGUGUAUGUAAACUUACGACUUCAACUGUACAUGCACAUUUCUAAGUCAACUGCUAGCCCGUGCCCACUUAGGAGACUUCAGAGAGAUUUCUAUACAUGUCUAGAGGUGUAGAGGCUAGGGGUUAAUUUGGUGUUGAUGAGCCUUAGUUGAUUAGCCUUAGAGGGCGGCAGGUAGCUUAGUGGUUAAGAGCGUUGUGCCAGUAACCGAAAGGUUGCUGGUUCUAAUCCCCGAGCCGACUAGGUGAAAAAUCUGUCGAUAUGCCCUUAAGCAAGGCACUUAACCCUAAUUGCUCCUGUAAGUCGCUCUGGAUAAGAGCGUCUGCUAAAUGACUAAAAUAUAAAUGUAAUAAUAAUUUUACUUCCUGAGUGGCGCAGUGGUCUAAGGCACUGCUUUGCAGUGCUAACUGUGCCACUAGAGAUCCUGGUUCGAAUCCAGGCUCUGUCGCAGCCGGCCGCGACCGGGAGACUCAUGGACGGCGCACAAUUGGCCCAGCGUCGUCCAGGGUAGGGGAGGGAAUGGCCGGCAGGGAUGUAGCUCAGUUGAUAGAGCAUGGCGUUUGCAACGCCAGGGUUGUGGGUUCGAUUCCCACGGGGGGCCAGUAUAAAAAAAAAAAAUGUAUUCACUAACUGUAAGUCGCUCUGGAUAAGCGCGUCUGCUAAAUGACUAAAAUGUAAAUGUAAAUGUAGUUGUCUUGGGAUAACUCUGACGGCCCUGCUCUGCUCUGUACAGGACCUGAUGGAGUACAUGCGUCAGGUGGAACAGAGGAGGGAGGCUGUGGCAGAUGCCAAGUGGAGCGCUGCAGUGUUCACCCCCACCAGUGAGUGGAGACACCCACCUAACACUGUGGACCCACCCUAGCACUGAGCUACAUGUACAGCAAUACUAAUUUGAUCUGUGUGAUGUCACAACAAGAGAUUCUAUUCUACACUGACUAGGAUCUGAUGACUUGUAGAUAAGUGGAGACUAGAGCCAGGAGCUUUUCCCAGUCAGGGAGAACUCCUGUCCCUGGCCAUGCUCUGAUGAUCACUUACCACUGUUGUUUUCUACUCUGUGUAUGUAUGACAGGUCUCCAUGACAGUCCUCUGUCUGACUCUGAGGAUGAGAACCCUGAGGCCCUGCAGCCCCCCCGCCAGCCCCCCCGCCAGCCCCCCCUCUCCUCCCGCCCCCUGGCCCAUUACAGCCUGUGUGACCCCCAGGCCCAGCCUGACUCCCUGCUCCCCUGCACCCCCCCUUCCUCCCCCAGAGACAUGUCCCGGUCCCUGUCCCGAGGGGGCGUGGUCAUCAGCCAGCCCGCCCCCCUGUUGUUGCCCAGGCAAUCGGGCGGAGACACCCUAACACACAGCUCUGAGUCGGUAAGCGACGGUAUCAGAUGCUCUUACACACACACACACACACACACACACACACACACACACACACACACACACACACAGAUGACUAAUUCUUGCACAAUUAGCCAGGCUGUUUCCUUAGGCUGAUAACAUGCAGCUAUCUCCAGUGUUUCUGUCUGUGGCUCAUUUAACUGUCACCGAUAAACUGUAUAUCUUAGAAAGGCAACUAGAGGCUUAUUUCACUAUUAUGGCCUUAUAAAGACCUAUUGCUAGGUUAUUACAUGUGUAUGCCUCACCUCUCACUUUAACUUCCCCUCUCUCUUUCUCUCUCUCUCUCUCGCUCUGUGCAGGAGGAGGAGGGUAACACCGACCAGUGCGGAGGACACAGCUCUGGAGAGGAGACAGCCAUGCUGCUGCCUGAGACCACAGAUACGGUCCUCAGGUAACACACACUGUCUGUGCAUGCAAACACACCCACAUUUGCGUGCACACACACAUACACACACUCUCAUACAGUACAUGCACUGCAGCUUCACACCCACACACAGAGGGCUGUUUUUUUAUGAUGACAGGCUGAGUAUGGCUCUCAGAGAUGGACGUUUUGAAUGUCGGGAGUUGAGUCAAGAAGUUGAGUGUGGAGAGGAGGUGAGGAGAAAGGGAGUGUGGAGAGGAGGUGAGGAGAAAGGGAGUGUGUAAGACAUAGGCAGUGUGAGGGAGGGAGGAGGGGAGUGAGGGAGGACAAGGGGACAGGUAAGUUGACAGCAGGCUGUAGCAAUGAUUUAACUACAAUUUUCAGCAUCAUUAAAGCACACUCUCUCCCACUCUUUCACACUCUAUUUCUCCCUCCCUCCAGCUUUCACCUCUUUUCUACUCGUAUGUGUUCCUUUUCUACAGUUCCGCUGUACCAUGACUCCACUACAAAUGUUGUAAUUGGAACGAUAAAGAUAUUGAUUGAUUAUUGAUUCCUUUCUUCGCUGUUCCCUCUCUUCCAGUGACCUGGCUAAUACCUCUCAGUGGUAGAGAGUGGAGAUACAGGACCAGGUUAACAACAGCACUGUCAGUGUGCUCUUUACUUUAAUUCAGCAUUCAGCGCACAAGCACACACACACUACAAUUCACCUCCUCUGACAAACUAUGUUAAUAUGCAAUUUGCUUCUACAUUGUAUAUGAACUUCUUCUUUGGUGUGACUUCUAGGCUGUUAUGCUGCCUCUGUACAUAACAUGGGUCCAAAGAAUGACAUAAUACCUGUCAUAACAGGUCGUGACAGCUCAAAUCAUAGUUACGACCUAUCGUGACUGUUCUAAAGCGUGAAACGUUUAACAUUUAAGGCUUAGUUAGAUGUUUAAUAGUUCAUGUUCCAUAACAGGAUUAUUUCCGUUGCAGGAGGAG